AUGACCAGGAGUUCUGGGCCUGACAACCUAGUCCCUUUUGAUCCAGAAAUCGAGAAAUCUGUCAAACGCAUUCGGAAGAAGAAAAAACAACAGAAGAAGAUGGAGGAACGUGCCUUAGCUGUCGAGAAUGACAAUGAUACUUAUGGGGCAUAUCUUCAACCCAAGUACACUCAACAGCUCUCAUGCAUUCGCCGGCCCGAUAUCGAUCGCAAUAAAUUUGAAUUGCAGUCGACAUUCAUCAGUAUGCUCAGCUCAUCGGCAUUUAGGGACAGACCUAAUGAAGAUCCAAUCCCCCACCUGACUCGAUUCAAACUGUUAUGCCAGUCUGUGAAGACGGUUCAAGGAGUCACCGAUGAGUCACUUAUGCUAAUGGCUUUUCCAUUCUCUCUAAUGGACGCUGCAUUAAAAUGGCUCUACACACUGCCACCAGAUUUCAUCUUCUCUUGGGAUCAGAUGCAAGAGAAGUUCAUGCAGCGAUUCUUCCCUGCCAGCAAAACCCAACUCGCGAAGCAACAGAUCAACUCUUUUAUGCAGGAACCUGAUGAAUCUUUGCGCGAGACUUGGGAUCGUUUUCUUGGAUAUCAGCGCCUCUGCCCUCAUCACGGUUUGGACAAAAGGUACCUUAUCUCCACUUUCUUGCAGGGUCUAAAGGAAGAUACUCGAGUCCUCAUUCGAGUUGCCUGUGGAGGAAGCCUCAAUGAGAAGUCUUUUGACUUCAUCGAACAACAAAUCACUAAGAUGGCUAACGAGUGCGCUCCUUCCCACGAAUUCGUCAGAAAUAUCGGUUUUAAAGACAACCGUACAGGUAAGGAAAAUCCAUCUGAGAUACAUGCUUUACGUGCAGAGCUUGCCAAACUUAGAAUGCAGGUAGAAAACGCCCAUCAAAUCACUGAUCUAGACGCACCACGAGACGAGUACGUGCAUGAGAAUGUCAACUACGUCGCCAACAAUCCGUACUCAAACACAUACAACCCAGGUUGGAGAAAUCACCCAAAUUUCUCAUACAAGAACUCUUCCAACGCUCUAAAUGCACAGCACAACAAUUUCGGUGGUUCAUUUAUCCCGGGCUCCUCUCAAGGAAAUCAAUCUCAACCCCGAAAUGCCUACCAGCAUCAGAAUCCAGCCCCUCAACACUACCGAGCUCCCCGUCAGCCUCAGCAAAACUUCGGCCUGCCUCCAUCUCAAUCACAAGUAAGUCCUGACUCUGACAUCAAAUCUAUGCUUGCACAACUUAUGCAGGGUCAAGAAGCCAUUCGCACCGAGAUGCGAGAACAUCAGCAGAAGACCGACGCUCAUCUCAAACUAGUCGAUAACCAGAUAGCGCAACUUGCUGCCUCUGUCCCUUCGCGACCUCAGGGAUCACUUCCUGGGAACCCGGAAGCAAACCCCCGAGAGCACUGUAACGCUGUAUGCUUGCGCAGUGGCAAAGAGCUCGCUAACCCUAUCAUCACAUCUACGGAAAAAGGUCAGUGCUCUAACUCUGUCCCUACAUCUCUUCCUGACCCCAUAGUUGUUGAAAAAUCGACAGAGAUCUCGGGUGAUGAAGAACGCGAUGUAUACAUUCCACCGCCGCCACGUCCACCUCCAGUUCCUUUCCCUCAACGACUCAGAAAAACUAAAGAAGACACCCAAUUUGCUCGAUUUGCUGACAUGGUGCGUAAGUUGGAAAUUACUAUGCCGUUCCACGAGGUUAUCACUCAGAUGCCAUCCUAUACUAAAUUCCUGAAAGACAUUCUCACAAAGAAGCGCGUCAUCGAGAAGGAAACCAUCACGCUUAAUCCCGAGUGCAGCGCCAUUCUUCAACAUGAUCUGCCACCAAAAAUGUCGGAUCCAGAUAGCUUCUCGAUUCCCUGCAAACUGGGAAAUGUUUCUAUAGAUCGUGCUCUUUGUGAUUUAGGUGCCAGUGUAAGUCUCCUACCACUCUCCAUUUACAAGAAACUCAACGUUGGAGAACUCAAACCGACUCGCAUGGCUCUUCAACUAGCUGAUCGUUCUAUCAAAUACCCUCUGGGUAUUCUCGAGGACGUUCCGCUGAAAGUAGGCGAUUACUACGUACCGGUCUAUUUCGUUGUGCUUGACAUGGACGAAGACGCCAAAAUCCCGAUUAUUCUAGGGCGGCCAUUCCUAAACACUGCAUAUGCCAUUGUCCACGUUCGGGCCGGCCGACUAACACUCAAGAUCGGCGACGAAACGGUGGAAUUCACGCUUGACCAGAAUUUCAAGCAACCAUCUACAGUGGACUCUAUAUGUUACAUCGACUUGAUGGAUGCUUUAGCCGAUGAGGGCUACAGUACCUCUACGAAGCCUCAAAUUUACGCAUACACAUCAUUCUUGAACGGUUUAGCCGAAAUGCCAUGCAACAUGGCCGUGUCAUCAUUAAACACGGACCGUGUCGACAUUCUGCCGAAAAACAUCGAACGAGACACGCCCGUGUUUGCCACCAGCUCAGUCCGUGUUUCUUGCAACACGGCCGUGUCAUCAUUCGACACGGACCGUGUCAAAUGUCUGAGCAAAUUUGCGAAGUUAGACACGCCCGUGCAUCAUUAUGGGCUAGCCCGUGCACAACUCGACACGGCCGUGUCGAGUGUGAACUCGGACCGUGUCGAGUCUCGGAUUCAUCUCCAGUCUGUUCCUUUGUUCGAACCGUUGCCCGUCUUCGCAGCCAAAUCAACCCCCAUGCAUCAUCUACCUGACUGGGACCCUGCAUAG